AUGGGUUCGGCGCUUCAUUCGGGCCCACGUAAAAAGUCGGCGUCAUCAAAUCCCCUGGUUCUUCAUGGUCGACAUUUUGGUCGGACAGUCUUCGCAUUAUGCAACUACCCUGCUCUUCUGACUUCCGGCAUACUGCGCCUUGAAGAAUUACAAGACACUCCCAUUGAGGAUUAUCCUGCAGACGUCCGACAGGAACAUAGGGUAUUCAUAGAACUUGUUAAUUCAUAUCCUGGUCUUCUAGAUCAUCUAAUGAAUGGCGAGGAUGAGGAUAUCGUUCAUGUGGGGGAAUUGAUGGGUAAAGGAGCCUCUGGUGCACGAGGCAACAACACGAAGACCCUUAAAUCUGCAGUCCUUGAGUGGCUUGUCCCAAGAGGACAGGCAGUCAUACCGCCCCUGGCCCGAAAUAUCAAGUCUGACCGUGGAUUUAAUCACAAGGUCACUGGCACAUUGCUCUGCCCUGCAGGGCUCGAUUGGUCGAAUGCAGAAACCAAGCAGAGCCUCAAAAGUGGUGAAACCGCAGUUCGGGGUGAUCAAUGGCCCAUGUUCUUGUAUGCUGGGUAUGUCUAUGAUUCCGAGGAUCCGUGGAAGGGUUUACUGAGGAGCCUAUUUGGCUUCAAACAUGUCUUCACAUCUCCGAGCUCUGUGGAUAAGGAGCCAAAAACUAUGCGCUCCGGUAAUGCAUAUCUCCAUGGUAUGAAGAUGGUGACGAAAGGGUCUCUGGCAUAUAUUGCUAUGCAGGUUCGAUUUUCAUUAAGCUCAUCGUCUGUAUUUUCACGUACCGAUACGGUCACCAACUCCGAAAACUUCUAUCACAGCAUUCUUGAUCUAUUGGAAGAUCCUGAGGAAAGCCAGGAAGUAGUGGACUUAAUGAUUUGGUGGACACGUCGUGUUUUCCCUAAUUCCUCCUCUUCACAGCGGGGUGUCAGCAAAAAUAGUGCUUUAGCCAAAAUCCGGGAGAAACAGGCUGCUCUCCGAGAUCGGGUCCCCACUACUAGCACCACUUAA